UCUUGUUUUUCUGACGGCUUAACUGCUCAACUUGUCGGGUUUUCUUUUAGAUUAUCACUCACGUCAACUCCAAAUACUUACUGAAUCUCACCCUUCAAUGGCAGAAAAACACAAACUCGAAUCAGUUCCUCCGAGGAUGACGAGUCACUUGCGUAAUUUACCAUCCACGUGUGAUCCUGAUGCGGCGGAGCUGGUGCAGGAGAAUGGUCGAAUUUUGAUUCGGGGUUUAUCGUCCAAGAAACUCGGAAAGAAGAACAUAGCUUGUCUGCAAACCCGGUACCAGGAGCUACGAUUGCCUGAAUUAUACGAGGAUGGUUACGAUAAACGACUCGUGGAUUUAAAUAUUGUUGCUUCAAACAGACUCAACGUGCCCCAGAUUGAAGAAGACGACAUUAUUCUUCAGCAAACCAUGAAUAACGAUAGGCAGGUGCCUCAAUCUUGCUACAAGCAAUCAAAGGAGAAAAUCAAACCAAGGGUUGAUGAGAAAAGUGAAGGGAUGAACUUUUCAAUCUUCUUAAGAUCUCCAGCUCUUCAAAAAUCUCACCAGAUUCCGAGCUCUGGUACUCCAACAAGAAACAAUUCUUUUGAAAAAAAAUCCAUGGAGAAAGAGUGGGUUCCUGAUGAACAAUCGGAAGCCGCUCCAAGCAAAGGCUCAAAGAGAAAGAGAAAACCAGAAACUCACAGCCUAUCUGAAAGGAGAAGAAGAGAUAAAAUCAACAAGAAGAUGCGUGCAUUGCAAGAACUCAUACCCAACUGUAAUAAGGUGGAUAGAGCUUCGGUGCUUGAUGAAGCAAUCGAGUACUUGAAAACCCUUCAGCUUCAAGUUCAGAUGAUGUCAAUGGGAUUGGGAAGUAGUGGUGUUUAUAUGCCUCCGAUUAUGUUGGUUUCGUCGAUGCAACAUAUAAAUGCACAGCCUUUGGGUGGUUGUUAUUCUCCCAUGGCUGUCGCAAUGCAAAUGGCACAGUUACCGUCGACAUCUUCACUAAUUCCGGCGAUCAACCAAGCUAGACUCAACAUGCUUGGCUUCUCUGGUCAGGUGUUAUUAACGUCCAUGCCGCCAUCGCCAUCACCUCUCCUAUCGUUGGCUGCUGCGAGAUUUGCCCAACUACCGGUCCAGACCCCCGCCGUAUCCCGAGCUAAUGCCGCCGCAGCCGCUGCCGCUGUUACUUUGUCUACAUCGAUGGAUUGGAGUCUCACACAUUAACUCGAGAAACAACUACUGAUGACGAGAGUUAGCAA